GGAGGGAGCGCUUUCCCAGUAUGCUCUGCGAGACGCCGGGAUGGCGGCGACCGCGGCGGCGUCUGCGGGGUGGCUGAAGGUCUGCGGCGCCCUGCGUCUGCCUCUGCGCGGUCGGCGGGCGGGCGUGUGGCAGCCGGCACGCGGCUGCAGAUUUUAUUCUGGGAGUGCAGCCCUCCAAAAGGUUGAAGGAAUUGAUGUAACAGGAAUUGAAGAAGUCGUCAUUCCAAAGAAGAAAACUUGGGAUAAAGUGGCUAUUCUUCAGGCGCUUGCAUCCACAGUGAACAGGGACCCCACAGCUGUCCCCUCCGCAUUUCAAGAUGACCCUUACCUCAUACCAACAUCUUCUGUGGAGUCGCGUUCAUUUUUGUUGGCAAAGAAGUCUGGGGAGAACGCAGCAAAGUUUAUUAUUAAUUCACAUCCCGAAUAUUUUCAGAAGGACAUAGCUGAACCUCAUAUACCGUGUUUAAUGCCAGAGUACUUUGAACCUCAGAUCGAAGAUGUAAGCGAAGCUGCCCUGAAGGAACGGAUCAAGCUCAAGAAAGUGAAGGCAGCGGUGGACAUGUUUGAUCAGCUCUUGCAAGCAGAAACUGCUGUCUCUAUUGAAACAACCAAUAGUCUCUUGGAUUUAUUGUGUUACUAUGGUGAUCAAGAGCCUCCAGCUGAUUUUUAUUUUCAACAAACUGAGAAGUCAGAAGAAUUGGAAGAGGCCACAGAGGAAAAGAACAGAAGACCCGGUGUGAAGGCUGGUCCUCAGGCUGGAGUCGCUUGGAAAGCCGGAAACAAUGCUGAGAGAAUCUUUGCUCUAAUGCCUGAGAAGAGCGCACGUUCCUACUGCACAAUGAUCCGAGGAAUGGUGAAGCACCGAGCACAUGCACAGGCGUUAAACUUGUACACCGAGUUAUUAAAUAACAGGCUCCAAGCUGAUGUUCAUACCUUCAAUGCACUGAUUGAAGCAAGUGCACUGGUGGCGAAUGAGAAGUUUGAGGAGAAGUGGAACAACAUACUGGACCUGCUGAAACACAUGGCUGCGCAGAAGGUCCGACCAAACCUGCAGACUUUCAACACCAUUCUGAAGCAUCUCCGGAGGUUCUAUGCACUUGGAAGAGUGCCUGCCUUGCAGACCUUGCGUGAGAUGAAGGCCAUGGGGAUAGAACCCUCGCUUGCGACAUACCACCACAUCAUCCAGGUGUUCUACCCACAAGGAAGCUCUGCAAAAGCACCGUCGCUCAUCAUCUAUGACAUAAUGAAUGAAAUAGCAGGGAAGGCUUUUUCUCCAAGGGACCUUGAUGAUGAUAUGUUCUUUCAGUCGGCCAUGAACGUGUGCUCAUCUCUCAAGGAUCUUGAACUUGCUUAUGAAGUACAUGGCCUUUUAAACACAGGGGAUAACCGGAAAUUUAUUGGACCUGAUCUUCGUCGUAAUUUCUAUUAUUCCAAGUUUUUCAGUUUGCUUUGUCUCAUGGAACAAAUCGAUGUCACCUUGAAGUGGUACAAGGACCUGAUACCUUCAGUGUUCUUUCCCCAUUCCCAAGUGCUGAUAGAUCUUCUGCAAGCAUUGGAUGUGGCCAAUCGGCUAGAAAUAAUUCCUCAGAUUUGGAAAGAUAGUAAAGAAUAUGGUCACGCUUACCGCAGCAACCUAAGAGAAGAAAUCCUGAUGCUCAUGGCGAGGGAUAAGCACCCAGCAGAGCUUCAGACAGUGUUUGCUGACUGCGCUGCUGACAUCAAGUCCACCUAUGAGAGCCAGGAAGCCAGGCAGACUGCUCCCGACUGGCCCGCAAACACCCUCAACUGUGUGGCCAUCCUCUUCUUACGGGCUGGGAGGACCCAGGAAGCCUGGAAGAUGCUGGGGCUUUUCAGGAGGCAUAAUAAGAUCCCCAGAAAUGAGUUGCUGAACGAGUUCAUGGACAGUGCUGAAGCGUCCAGCAGCCCUGCGCAGGCCCUGGAGGUGGUGAGGCUGGCAAGUGCCUUCAGUUUACCCAUCUGUGAGGAUCUCAUCCAGAGAGUGAAGGCAGGCUUUGCAGUCAACGCAGAACAAAAGGAGGCCCUGGAUGGCCUGUCUGCAGCGAGCAGCGACAGCGAUAGCGACGGCGACAGUGAUGGCGACGGCGACAGCCGCGAGGGCAGGUGAAAGCCCAGCGGCCUCACCAAGGCUGCUGGAGCCCUCGCCGUGGCACAAAGGAAACGAGGACAUGGAUGUGGCCAGGGCUCCUGCGAGGCGAGGCCAGGCGCCGUGCCUCACCUGGGGAGGCUCACCCGCAGCUCCUGCCUCCCUGCUUCCUGGCACACCCGAGCCCUGCGCAUCUGAUGCUGGGACUUCCUGGGACCUAGGGACAGGCUAAUAACGAGCCUUGCACGCGGUACGGACGUGGCCCGGUAGCUUUCCAGUUUCAGGAGUGGUUGGGUGUGGUUAGUUCUAUAUUAGCUUCAGGCUGUGUAGCUGGUGAAAAGACCGGUUGGGUGUGCGGUGCACGCCUGCAAUCCCAGCUGCUGGGGAGGCGGGGACAGGACUGAAAGACGCAGCCGCUUGCUGAGCAGCUUGGCUAGAUCUGUCUCAAAACGAAAUAGGGCUGGGGCUGAAGGGCAGAGGCAGAGUGCUCCUAGGUCCAGUCCCCAGCACUGAGGGCAGGGCAGCGGGGGAGACAAAGUAAAUACAGUGGUCAGUACACGUGUUUGUGCGUGUCCUAUUGCCUUUGCCCUCUUCUUUCACAGCACAACCAGGAGUGUGAGGGCCGGGAGUGUGGCUCAGUGGAGGCUGGUGGUGACAGGCAGUGCCCGCUUAUAGCGGUUGGUGCUGCUUGCCAGGCUGCUCAGGGGCACCUACCUCCACCAGGACCCACACCCUUCCUGAGAACCUGUGUCUGGCUCCCAAGUCUUACAGCCUCUUAAUCGAGGGUCACAGGGUGGGGGAUUCCGGUGUGAUUAGCUGAGAAGCAGAUUUGGAAACGGGUAGAAGGCACCAUGCUGAUUUGAGGUUCAGGGGAAAGCUGGUGGCCUGGAAGCCUGCUAACUGGACCGGCCUUGGUCUGGCUACUCAUUAGCACCUGCAGGUGGCCGACUCCUGGCUCCUGGCGGUUUUCUGGAGUCCUCAGCUGUGUGGCCUGCCUCUCUACCCGGCCUCCUGCACGCUCCCCGCCCUGAGCUUUGCAGAUCCUCCUGGACUGACCAGGCUGUACUUGCAGCUCAGUAGCUUCUGAUUUUGUGCUUCAGACAUGUCACACCCCCACUCUGGGCAAGGACCACCUUGAACUCUGAGAAACCUCAAGGCCUGAAGGACAAGUGUCACUGUCCGACUUGUGUUCACCUCUCCAGCCCUUGGCCGCUGCUGUCGGGACGAGACGCUUGCCUUUGCAGAGUCAGCACCCUCCCGGUUCUGGGUCCUGGUCCCAGCGGCGCUUUCAGUUGUCUUACUCUAAUCCUGUCCCGUGUUUGAUCCCCACUGGUCCCCACCCCUGCUCAUUCCUACCAAGUUCUAAAGGUGAGCUUUUCUGGUGGCUUUCUGUCUACACUGACACAUCACACUGCUUCCCUAAAAGGCACUUGUUUUAGAGUAAGUGGCUUCUGGGUGCUACAGGACCCCUCCUUUUUUAAAGACCCACUCUAGCAGAAGAGUAUUAAUAAAACAUUUCUGAGUUACA